AUGGUUGGAACCAAUUCAUUUCUUUCUUCUAUUUCUAUUAUUCCUGAAUGUCUCUUUCAAAACUCAACGUAUGGAAUAAUUAUGGCAAUUUUUGAUGAUCAGACAAAGAAUAAAUACCAAAGAUGGAUUUAUAAUCCACUCCAAUACUCUAUUAAUUACUCCUUAUUAUCUGUAUUGAAUCAUUACAUGGUAAAUUCUUUAAACACAUUAUUUAUUAAGAAAACAAAGAAAAAUAAAAUUGGAAUUGAAAUCAUAUCAUCUGUAUCAUCAUCAAUCAUACCUUAUUGGAAUCAAUCAACGACAAUGAUUGGAUGGAAUUGUUUUCUUCAAGUUGGUUCUAAUAUGCUAAUAACAUUCAUAAAUUCAUUUCUUGAUUAA